AUGGCGCCUCCAGCACCCGGCAGCAGCGCUGGCCCCGCCUCCUGUGACGUCACGGGCCAGCGCCACCACCCAGCGGAGGGGGGAAUCCGGAAGAGGGCCGCUCUGGGAGGUCCGUCAGCAACGUUCUGGACCGCGGCGCCCCCUACUGAGGAAAUGGAACGAUCUGGGCGGAGAGUUUGGUCACCAAGCAACCUCGGGAAGGCCCCCACCUCCGCGUCUACCGCUCCCAGGGUCCAUCCUCCCCCCACCUUCCAGAGCCGAAGCGCCCGGGUGGCCCCUUAG